AUGGACUUUGCUGAAACCGUGGUGGCCCUGUUGAUCGCGGCGGUGGCCGUGGUCUCCCUGCUGUCCAACGUGCUCGUGCUGCUCUGCUUCGUCCACAGCAGCGAGAUCCGCCGGCAGGUGCCGGGGGUCUUCACCAUGAACCUGUCCCUCUGCAACAUCCUCAUCGCCCUCCUCAACAUGCCCGCCACCCUGGCGGGGCUCGUGCGGGGCCGGCAGCCGUUCGGGGACUGCGCGUGCCGCGCGGUCAGCUUCCUGGAGACCUUCCUGACCGCCAACACCAUGCUGAGCAUGGCCGCACUCAGCAUCGACCGCUGGGUCGCGGUGGUCUUCCCGCUCAGCUACGCCUCCAAGAUGCGCUACAAGGACGCGCUGGUCAUGGUGGGCUACUCGUGGCUGCACUCGUUCACCUUCUCCCUGACGGCGCUGCUCCUCUCCUGGCUCGGCUACAGCCACGCGUACGCGUCGUGCACGCUGCAGCCGCCGCGGCGCGGCGAGGCGGGCGCAGAGCGGCUGCGCUUCUCCGUCUUCACGGUGGUGUUCCACGCCACCAGCUUCGCGCUCUCCCUGCUCAUCCUCUGCUUCACCUACCUGAAGGUGCUGAAGGUGGCCCGCUUCCACUGCAAGAGGAUCGACAUCAUCACCAUGCAGACGCUGUUCCUGCUGGUGGACAUCCACCCCAGUGUUGUCCAACGAGCGGACAUUCGACAGAAACAGAGA